CCGCGGGGCCUGCCGAAACAGAAAGUCUCGGGGCGUGCGCCAGGCUGUUUGCGGUGUCUCCCAGUUAGACGCAGGUCUUGGCAGCGGGCCGGGGCAGAGGCGGUGUUGCUGGAGCUGAGGCCAGGCGGCCUGAGUCCUCAGGGAUGAACCUCGAGUUGCUGGAGUCCUUUGGGCAGAAUUAUCCAGAGGAAGCUGAUGGAACUUUGGAUUGUAUCAGCAUGGCCCUCACUUGCACCUUUAACAGGUGGGGCACACUGCUUGCAGUUGGCUGUAACGAUGGCCGAAUUGUCAUCUGGGAUUUCUUGACAAGAGGCAUUGCUAAAAUAAUCAGUGCGCACAUCCAUCCGGUUUGUUCUUUAUGCUGGAGUCGAGAUGGUCAUAAGCUUGUGAGCGCCUCCACUGACAACAUAGUGUCACAGUGGGAUGUUCUUUCGGGCGACUGCGACCAGAGGUUUCGAUUCCCUUCGCCCAUCUUAAAAGUCCAGUAUCAUCCACGCGAUCAGAACAAGGUUCUCGUGUGUCCCAUGAAAUCUGCUCCUGUCAUGUUGACCCUUUCAGAUUCCAAACACGUUGUUCUGCCGGUAGACGAUGACUCCGACUUGAACGUGGUUGCAUCUUUUGAUAGGCGAGGGGAAUAUAUCUAUACGGGAAAUGCAAAAGGCAAGAUUUUGGUCCUAAAAACAGAUUCUCAGGAUCUCGUUGCUUCCUUCAGAGUAACAACUGGAACCAGCAAUACCACGGCCAUUAAGUCAAUAGAGUUUGCCCGGAAGGGGAGUUGCUUUUUAAUUAACACAGCGGAUCGAAUAAUCAGGGUCUAUGAUGGCAGAGAAAUCCUAACCUGUGGGAGAGAUGGAGAGCCUGAGCCCAUGCAGAAAUUACAGGACUUGGUGAAUAGGACCCCGUGGAAGAAAUGCUGUUUCUCAGGAGAUGGGGAAUACAUAGUGGCAGGCUCAGCCCGGCAGCAUGCCCUGUAUAUCUGGGAGAAGAGCAUCGGCAACCUGGUGAAGAUUCUCCAUGGGACGAGAGGAGAGCUCCUCCUGGAUGUGGCUUGGCAUCCUGUUCGACCCAUCAUAGCGUCCAUUUCUAGUGGAGUGGUAUCUAUCUGGGCACAAAAUCAAGUAGAAAAUUGGAGUGCAUUUGCACCAGACUUCAAAGAGUUGGAUGAAAAUGUAGAGUAUGAGGAAAGGGAAUCAGAGUUUGACAUUGAAGAUGAAGACAAGAGUGAGCCUGAGCAGACAGGGGCUGAUGCCGCAGAGGAUGAGGAAGUGGACGUCACCAGCGUGGACCCUAUCGCUGCCUUCUGUAGCAGUGAUGAAGAGCUGGAAGAUUCAAAGGCUCUAUUAUAUUUACCCAUUGCCCCUGAGGUAGAAGAUCCGGAAGAAAAUCCUUAUGGCCCCCCACCGGAUGCGGUCCAGACAUCCCUGAUGGAUGAGGGGGCAGGGGCAGAAAAGAAGAGGCAGUCUUCUGCGGACGGGCCCCAGCCGCCGAAGAAGAGACCCAAAACGACCAACAUAGAGCUUCAAGGAGUCCCAAGUGAUGAAGUCCAUCCACUACUGGGUGUGAAGGGGGAUGGCAAAUCCAAGAAGAAGCAAGCAGGCCGGCCUAAAGGAUCAAAAGGUAAAGAGAAAGAUUCUCCAUUUAAACCGAAACUCUACAAAGGGGACAGAGGUUUACCUCUGGAAGGAUCAGCGAAGGGUAAAGUGCAGGCGGAGCUCAGCCAGCCUUUGACAGCAGGAGGAGCCAUCUCAGAGCUGUUGUGAAGACCCUGGAAGUUCGGCGUUCUUCCCUACUUCGCCGUCACAUGGCCUCUGGACAUUGUGGUCAGUCAUUGGAGAGUGACUUUUAUUUAAAACAAAGGCCUCUGCCUCCUGCCCUGGAGGUGGAUGGAAUGAGUAUUAUGUUUGAAUGAAGAAAUGAAUUAUGGAAGAAGAGUAUACGUCCCCGCCUUGCAAGGAUAAGUCCCAGUAGGCUCUCAGGAAUGAGGAUUUGUGAAGACAUCAAAUGGGAGUUUUGACUCUCAACCGGAAUGCUUAGUUACGUUGCCGGAGACCUUGGCCCCUCCUGCUUCGGUGCGCCCGGCAUCAUUGGACCCGUCAUUCCCUGUCCCCUGUGUGCCUUCGUCCUCAGUGCAUGUCCUUGAGUGACUUGCUCUUACCUGAAAUUUUGCUCCCAGUAUCCUAGGAAACCUGUUGCAUAUUCUUCCAUUUUAAACUAACUCUCUCAGUAGAUAACUCCUGUAGUUCCCUAUGUGCACAAAAGAUGGGGGCAGAAAAGAAAGUGCUCAAAAGAGUUCACAUUUUCAGAAAGGGAAGAAAGAUAAGAAAGGCCCCCUUGCCCUAACGUACCACAUUUUGCUCGAGAAGCUGGGCUGCAGGGGGGUUAUGGAUCUCCUGUGUUUUCCUUUCAGUGCAUGUUUCCCUCAAGUAUUGGCUCAUUCUCAUUAGUCAUGGCUUCCGAAGAUGGCCAGUUUCAUCCGUCCCCAGCCAAGAAUCAUCACUAGUUUAUAUUGCUUUGUCUGUGCUGGCUUCCAGAGACGGAGACAAACCAGGGUGUCUCAGCAAGCUUCUUUUUUACUGGGACAGGGGAAUCUCUCCAAGGACUGACGUAGAACCAGCCGAAAUCAAAGCAGCAACACAGUUCAAAUCGAAGAUCAAGGACAAAAAAUUGUUUUAUCCUUGCUUGAGGAUAUCUGUCCCUCCCAUCAGUCACACAUUUUUCCCCUUGUCUCCAUGAUCCUUUUCCUCACUCCCUGUUUUCAGUCACUUCCUUUCUGUGAAAGGUUGCUUAGUUUUUAAAAAAUUUUUUUAAAUUUUUACUUUGUGCUUUUGCUCUUCUUUAUCUAAAAAGUAGCAGAUUGGAUGGAUGUGUACAUUAGGUAUUUGAAAUUCUCUGAAAAUCCAGAGUAAAGAGACCAGGUGUGGAGGAGGCACACUGCCCUUGAGUAGAGCUGUUGGCUGGGAGCGCGUGACUGGGUCAUCAUUUUCACUGCAUUUGCAAAGGAGAGUUUAAGCACUGUUUUUGGAGAUACAGCCACACAUGUUGGUGACCUCUUGGAUUUUAGGGUAGAAAUAAAAGUAGAACACAUCAGUAAGAGCCUCUGUCUCCUAUUCCAUCUUUCAGAACCAAAAUAUUCAGUCGUUGAAAUAAGAGCUGUCCCUGAGAUGGCUGGAAGAUGUAUUUUUAGAUGCCAUUAGUGUUUCCUCAAAGGCUGAGUUUGUGAAUUUCACCUCUUAUUUCUUAGCAGAGCAGUGGUAGAGAUUGGUAGGCAGCCCACUAGGCAUGUUUUUAUUUUGCAGACCUUCCCUUCCACUUGUGUCUGUACCGUGCGCUGCAGUAGUGUACGAACCGAGCGAUCCAAACAUUUCUGCCUUACUUCCACAUGAGGGCAGCUUGGUGCCCUCUCCCUGUGCAUUUGGGUGUUAAUGCUGUGCCCACCCCCUAAACAGGCUACUGAGAAAAAAUCAGCUUCAGCCUGGCACAUUAUCUCUGGCAGCAUCUCCUAAUAAUUAUUUAUGCUUCUGGAAUUUUUUUUGAGCUCCUAAAACCUUUUGUCCAUUUCAGUUUGAUAUUCUUGAUUUGUACAAGAUACGCAUAUUCUCUUCUUCCUUUUGUCAUCUCCCCCAACCACUGUUUCUUUUUUUAAUGUUCUGUAGUUUUGUACAAGACGAGACUUAGCCUUGGGUACUUAUUGCUGAAGCUUUAACGCUUUGUAAAUAAAAUGGAUGUUUAUUAAA